GUGAACUCUCACUCUUCCUUGUUUCAAGGAGCUACACUACACUUGUGAAGAUGGAGGAAAUCAACAAUACACCAAUGAACGUAGCAGCUGAUAGCAACUGGUUAUCUGAUUUGGAAAUGGUGGAUGAAUACAUAUUAUUUGAUGAGGAUUGUAACUUGAACUUGCUUGAUGCUAAUCAAGAACAGUUACUCUCACAUGACAUAGCUAGUGCCUUUGAGGAACAAAGACAAACCCUGCAACAAUGUUUAACUACAGAAUUCAUUUCCACAACAAUGAGCAAAAUUUUCACCGAUGAAACAAGUUUCGAGUCUUUUGAUGACUUUGAUUUUGAGAAACUAGCUAAAGAGUUGAAAACAAUUGAUCAAAGUAAAAAUGCCGAAAACUUUUCACCACAAUUCUCUGCAUCAACACCCUCUAUUCAGUCUCCUCAGAUUUUGUCUUUUGACAAUCCAAACCCAACAGAGUUUUAUAGUUUUGAUCAAACACAGAACGAGAUGGUGACUUCAUUGUCAUUGCCCGAAUUGGGGAACAUACAGUUUUCAACUCAAAUCUCAAAAGCGUCUUCGGAAAAUCAAAACUUGGAAACUAAAACAUCACAACCUAAGAGGCCUCGAGCUCAUGGUUUGGAUCAUAUCAUGGCCGAGAGAAAACGAAGAGAGAAUCUCAGCAAGAGUUUCAUUGCUCUUGCAGCUCUCGUUCCAGGCCUAAAGAAGAUGGACAAGGCUUCGAUAUUAGCGGAUACAAUCAAAUACCUCAAAGAGCUUAAAGAGCGUUUGGCAGUUUUAGAAGAGCCGGGGAAGAAAACAAAUGAAGAUCAGUCCAUGGUGGUUACGACCAAACCUGACGUCUGCAGCGACCAGCAUUACUCAUCAUCGCAUGAGAACACUGAAACUGAAAGUGCUGCUGAUGGUAUUGCCACUGGUCAAUCACUCUUCAAGGUGGAAGCAAAAGUGAAAGGGAAAGAUAUGUUGAUUCGGAUCCACUGCCAAAAGUAUGAUGGACUUCUUGUUAAAAUCAUCACUGAGAUUCAAAGUUAUCAACUAUCUGUUGUCAAUAACAGUGUUUUAGCCUUUGGAGAUUCUAUCCUUGACAUUACCAUCAUUGCUGAGAUAGGUGAAGGGUACAACUUGAGCAUAAAGGGACUUGUGAAGCACCUAAGCAUUGCAGCAUUGGAGUUUAUGUCAUCAUAACAUGAACAAUGCACAUACAGUUCCCACAAACACCAUGUAGAGUGUGAAUUCACAUGAAUUUCUUUCAAUGAUAAUGUGUUU